UUUAAAUUUCUUUUGUGCACCACACAAGUGUAGUCCCCUACCUCCCAAGCUCCCUAGCACCAUAUGCUAAGGUCGUUAACAACUUCAAUGGGAAUUGUAUCAGUAGCACCAACUCAGACUGUGGUGUAUUUGGUCCCUCGGUAUCCUCCAUCAAUCUCCACAUAUCUCUAUGCUUCUUCUCUUACCAAGGCUAAGACCAUUCAUCAACCCACACAAUCUUAUGUUCACUCCAAAUCAGUAGAAACUGCAAUAGAGAGUACAUCACAGUUGGUGCCAUUCCCAUUGUUGACGAAUGGGAAUUACACAGCAUGCACCAUUCCUUGGAGGUUCCCUUCAGACGAUCCAAGCAUUCCCACUCCCACCGAGCUAUCUUGGAUUAAUCUCCUCCUCAAUACUAUCCCCACCUUCAACUCUGAUUUGGUACAGGAAGCAUGCUGAGAAUGAUACUUCUGUUCCUGAUGCUGCAAAUAAAGCUGAAAAUUUUGCUCAAAGGUAUGCUAGAAUACUUGAAGAUUUCAAGAAAGAUCCUGCAAGUCAAGGCAGGCCUCUUGAUAUCCUUAUUCUAUGCAGACUUCGUGAGCAAGUCCUUAGAGAACAGGGAUUCAGAGAUAUCUUCAAGAAAAUAAAGGAUGUAGAGAAUGCAAAUGCCAUAUCCCUAUUUCAGAAUGUUGUUCAUCUUAAUGAUGCCAUUGAAGAUGAAGGGAAACGACUGGAGAAUUUGGUUAGAGGAAUUUUUGCAGGGAACAUAUUUGAUCUUGGUGCUACACAGCUUGCAGAGGUUUUCUCAAGGGAUGGAGUAUCUUUUUCGACUACUUGUCAAAAUCUUGUCCCUCGACCCUGGAUUAUUGAUGACCUUGAAACUUUCAGAAUAGCAUGGAGCAAGAAGUCCUGGAAGAAGGUAAUCAUAUUUGUGGAUAACUCUGGUGCAGAUGUCAUUUUGGGUAUUCUGCCAUUUGCAAGGGAGCUCCUUCGACGUGGGAGUCAGGUUAUAUUGGCUGCUAAUGACUUACCUUCCAUCAAUGAUGUGACUUACUCUGACCUAAUUGAAAUUAUACCAAAGUUAAAGGAUGAAGAAGGACGUCUCACGGGUGUCAGUACUUCAAAUCUUCUAAUUGCCAACUCCGGAAAUGAUUUACCUGUUAUUGAUCUUACAAGGGUGUCACAAGAACUUGCAUACCUUGCUAAUGAUGUAGAUCUUGUCAUCUUAGAAGGGAUGGGUCGUGGAAUAGAAACAAAUCUUUAUGCUCAAUUUAAAUGUGAUUCCCUUAAGAUUGGGAUGGUAAAACAUCCUGAGGUUGCAGAAUUUCUUGGGUCACGUUUGUAUGACUGCGUGAUCAAAUACGAUGAAGUUUAGAGCUUAUAAUUAAGUUGAUUCUUUACUUUGAUAAAUACCUAACACUACAUUUGCAAUUUCAACUGCAAAUUUCCAAAUAAUCAAAAUUGAAAUUUUCAAUUUUUUCAAUGUACAAUUACUUUUUCUUUUUGUAAACAAGGUCAUUACUCAUUACAAGUCCGAAUUUGGAUCAACAAUGCUGGAAAAAAAAUCUGAACCCAUUAAAUUUAA